AUGAACGUGGGAGAUUUGGAGAGCGGAGUGACCCUGGUUCAUCAAGUCACGGACGGUCGCGCGAAUCCAAGUUGGGUGCGGUAUACCGCGCCAGCGCCAUCUCCCGCCUUGCCGAUAGUCCGGAAAUCGAUCCGGGAUUAUGACUUACUUUGUCAUAUUGUUGAUGUGUCAAUUCGUCUGGUUGCUGAGGGCGCUGACGUCAACAAGGUGGACCAUAACGGCAGGACACCGUUGUACACGGCCGCUCAGAACGGCCACGAGGCGGUGGCCAAGGCGCUGAUCGAGGCCGGUGCGGACGCCUCUCGAGAGGGCCACGAGGCUGUUGUCAAGGCCCUGAUCAAGGCGCUGGUCGAGGCGGGUGAGGACAUCAACAAGACCGAUUUUGACGGCGAGACAUCGCUGUCUUGGGCCGCUGAUCAAGGCCACGAGGUGAUGGUAUGA